AUGAAGAAAAUUAGUAUUUGUAGUCCUGACAAUAAUGGGUGGACGUUGAAAGAUAAUAAAUAUCAUUUUAACUGGUUCGAUGGGGACCAAUUGCCGAGCUUUGUCAUUGAAUCGCUUCAAGAAGAAUCAGAAAAUGAAAGUAAUAUGGAUGAUAAUGAAGAUAGUCAAUGCCAACAUUGGGUUGAUAAUGACUUAUCAAACUUAGACGAUGAUGACAGUAAAGAUCACGCUGAAUGUUCAAACUACAAA